UAAAAUUAUUCGAAUUCGAAGUAUAUUUUUUAAAAAUCUAACUUGAAAUGCUAAGCAUAACUAAGUAUCGUUUAAUAUUUCCUUUAUGGUUAUUUAAUAUGUCUCCGUCACCGUCGAAAACACGAACGAGGACGAUGUCGAGUGGAGAUUUCAUUCGUCCGAAUUCUCCUAGUAGAUGUACUUGGGAGGCUGGUAAAAGAGAUUCUCCUCACAUUAAUGUUAACUCAGGUAUUAAGAGACCGAAAAUAUUGCCAAAUAUUUUGUAUCAGAUUGGUGAAACGCCUUUGGUACGACUUAAUAAAAUUCCCCAAGAACAUGGAAUACGCUGCGAAAUGUUGGUUAAAUGUGAAUUUUUUAAUGCUGGAGGAAGUGUUAAAGAUAGGAUUGGUUUACGAAUGGUGGAAGAAGCAGAAAGGGAGAAUAAGCUGAAACCUGGUUCUGUGCUUAUUGAACCAACUUCAGGAAAUACAGGCAUUGGAUUAGCAUUGGCAGCAGCUGUAAAAGGAUAUCGAUGCAUCAUUGUUAUGCCUGAAAAAAUGAGUAAUGAAAAAGUAGAUGUUCUAAGAGCUCUGGGUGCAGAAAUAGUACGAACUCCUACAAGUGCCACUUAUGAUUCACCAGAGUCCCAUAUUAGUGUAGCUCAGAGAUUAUGUGCUGAAAUUCCUAAUUCUAUUAUUUUAGAUCAGUAUCGAAAUCCUGGAAAUCCUCUUGCCCAUUAUGAUAACACUGCAGAAGAAAUAAUAGAACAGUGUGAUGGCAAAGUUGAUAUGGUAGUUAUGGGAGCUGGAACUGGAGGAACAAUUACGGGUGUUGGUCGCAAAUUAAAAGAAAAAUGUCCAAAUUGUAAGGUUAUAGGUGUUGAUCCUCAUGGUUCUAUUUUAGCUCAACCAGAAUCAUUAAACACAGCUGAAAUUACUAUGUAUGAAGUAGAAGGAAUUGGUUAUGAUUUUGUUCCAACUGUGCUAGAUAGAUCGGUGGUUGAUAAGUGGUAUAAGACUGAAGAUAAAUCCUCUUUUUUGAUGGCAAGGGCUUUGAUAAGUAAAGAAGCACUUCUUUGUGGUGGAAGUAGUGGUAGUGCAAUGGUAGCUGCACUCGAAGCAGCAAAGGAUUUGAAAGAAGGUCAGCGAUGUGUUGUUCUGCUUCCUGAUGGUAUUCGUAAUUAUAUGACAAAAUUUGUCAGUGACAACUGGAUGAGUGAAAAAGAUUUUAUUGACAUUCAUUGUGAAAUGGCAGCAAAACAUUGGUGGUGGAAUUUAAAAGUGAGCUGUCUGAAUCUGGCUGCACCUGUUAGCGUUCUUCCAAAUAUGUCAUGCCAAGAUGCCAUUGAUAUUCUUAACAAAGAGGGAUUUGAUCAGCUACCAGUUGUUUCUGAAUCAGGUGUUAUCAAGGGAAUGAUAACAUUAGGAAGCAUGAUGGCAAAAAUUCUUGCUGGAAAAGUUAUUGCUACAGCACCCGUAUCUGAAAUAAUAUAUAACCAAUUUGAUAAGAUAAAACUAGAUGACACUUUGGGAAAAUUAUCACGUUUAUUGGACAAAGAACAUUUUGCCUUAGUAGUGCAUGAUCAGAAAAUCUCACAUACAACUAAAGAAACUGUAAAAUUACCAGUUCUGGAAACUACAGUUAAAUCCAGAGAUAAAGUGGAAACUAAACAAAUAGUGAUUGGUGUGGUUACAAGAAUUGAUCUUUUGAACUAUAUUACCAGUGAAGAGGAAUCUCACCGUUACCAAACUCCUAGAAAUAAAUCUACAUGAUCGAAUCCUACUUUGAUCAUAAUUAAAUAUAACAU